AUGACUCUCGCCACCAUGCUGUCCACUACCGCAGAGAAUAAUUGCUUCCUUUCUGUUCUAUUACCGAUGGCUUUCGAUUAUCCUAUUCUGCUUGACGCCAUCGCUGCAUUGUCAUCAGCCCAUCUCGCCAUGUGCUACCCAGGGUUCAACAAUGUGUCGCUGGAGCACCGUGGCCGCGUUCUAUCGGCUCUCAGCCUCCAUCUCAGACAAAAUGACAGUCUAUCCAGUGACAUGUGUCUUGCCGCCGCUUUGGUCAUGUGCGCAAUGGAAACCAUCACAGAUGGGACUAGUAGCAGUUGGGCCAGUCAUCUUGCCGGUGCGGCAGCGGCAAUCCAAUCCAAAGGCCAUCCGUUGCUGAGGUCACAGCCCCGAGAUGGACAUCGCAGCGACCCGUUGUCGGAUAGCAUGAGCUUUGAAAGCAAGUGGCUCCGCCGAACCUUUGCCUACCACAAUAGCCUCAUGAGUUUCUCAUUAAACUGCCGGCCUCUAUUAACGGAUGGAUACUGGAAGGCAUCUGAUGAUGCCUUGGCCGACCCUUACUGUGCUUAUGCAUCUCAAGUCAUCUACAUACUUACCGAAAUCAGUGACCUCAAUGUUGAAAGUGCCGAAUCCAUCAAGACAUCCGGGUUGAUGUACGAUCACCUGCUGCGAAAAGCUGGCAGCAUUACCAAUGAUCUGAGAAAGUGGGAGUGUCAGCCUGCUGGGGCUUCCACUGAGCAUCUGGCUCUGCUGAGUGAGACAUAUCGCUGUGCUGCCUUUAUAUACCUCGAAUCCGUUCUACGCAAGUACCAUCCACAUCUCAUCUCAGAACUGAUCCCUGAAGGAAACAUGUUCUACAUUGAAUCCAUUUGUAAAAAUGCAGAGAUAAUCCCCGAGGGCUCGCAGGUUGACUGCUCUUUGCUCUUUCCUUUGUUUGCCGCAGGUGCCGAGGUUGAUGAUCCUCAUUAUAUUGCCCGUAUUCGAAACCGUCUAGUGGGGAUGAACAAGUGGAGGAGUUUCAAGAAUGCUGAUUCUUGUGUCGAAUUACUUGAUGAGGUCUGGAAACUGAGAAGGGAGGAAGAGCAUGACAUAGACCGGAAACAAGUAGAUUGGCGGAAUGUAGCCACGUCUCGGGGAUGGCGGCUAGCAUUGUUUUGA